AUGGAUAAAUAUUUAAGCCGAACUGUACACGACGCUUUAGUGAGCAAAACACAUCGCUUCAAUCGACUUACGAUGUCUGUUGGUCGUCGUAACAAUCACUUAAAUUUCAAAGAGUGUGUAUCUCCACAUUCAUUUGACUUGGUCUUCCUUACAAAAGAAGACCCAAAGGGGUUUAUAGUCAUGCGCUCGAAUGAUGUUGUCACACUUAAUGGCGCGAGAGUGAAUGAAAACGCGAGUAUUGAAAACGGCGACUUAAUCUCGUUUGGCGGGAGCGACUUCAUCUUUUGGGUUGGUCAAGCAAAGCCCCCCAAAGACAUCUUUGACAAAGCUCACAAAGCAGUAGAGAAGAACAAAGAAGAACACGUGGAGGUGCUUACACAGGCUUUCGAGGUGAAGGUAUAUUCCAUUGCAACGUUUGAGUCUCCAACUAAGAAAAGUCACCAAGACACUAAGAAGAAACUAGAGAUGAUGAAAGAGGCUAUCAACACCGUGGGGAUGAAUGAGGUAGAUGUGAAACAAGGGAUCCUCACUGCAGACGCAAAAGUGAGUGUUCCUUCCAUAGAAAAGAUCGAACCAAAGACGGAAAGUGUUCCUGAAAGAAUUCCAAUGGAAGUUGAGGAAAAGCCUUUACAUGAUGAAGAGAAAGAAACGGUGAAAGACUCCACUCCUGUUGGACAAGAUGAAACUCUUAAAGAACCAAUUGAACAGGACAAGGUACCAACAAAAACGGAAAGCUCUGAAAGCACACCAAAAGCAACGAACAAGUCGAUUGAAACAAAUAAGAUGGAGGAAGAUGAGGAGAACAGUGCUGAAGAAGUGGAAAAGGAAACAACUCAAAAGGAUGACCAAGAGGAACAAUACACGAGCGAGGAGUACGACUCCCCCAAACCAAAGAAGUCCACUAAGAAGAGUAAGAAAGCGGUGAAAAGAAAAGCGCACAAAAAGGAUGAUGAAGACGAAUAUGACGACGAGGGGGUCGCGUUUGUGAAUUCGAUGUUUGAUACUCCAAGCAAUAUAUUUAACAGUGACAGUGGGGAUAUGCAAGCUGAGUUAGAAAUGGAAGAAGAGGAAGAAGAAAUAAACAACUUGGAUAAUGUGAGUGAUGGGAAUAACGAUGGCAAAGAAAUGCUUGAAGAGAACAAAGAGAUCAAUAAGAGGUACAACGAUGAGAAGGCAAAGGAAAACAUGGAAUAUGCAGAGGCGAUCGCGUUUUCACAGCAGUACAAUGCAAAGAAGAGGAAGGAGAGAGAUGAGGAGGUUGUAGUUGGAGAUGCGGGGGAAGUUCAAACGAAGCGCAUGUCGAUCCACAGUGUGAAACGACGAGCAGAUUUCAAGAAAGGGAUACAAGGGAAUAUGUUUUACUUUGGGGAUAACAAGUUUCUGAAUUUGAAGUACAGAGACCUUGUCAGAUAUGACGGUGGAAUAUCGUCAGCGGGGUAUCCGGCCAUAUCGGAGACGCCCGUAGAAGACGCGGAGCUUGUUGAAGAAACGCGGAAUAAGAAGGGCGACGAGACAAAGACGUUUUUGGUGGUGCAGAAGGGGAGUGAAGACUGUUUAAUGGCAUAUCUGUGUUGUAUCUUGCAAGGGUACUUUAUCAUUAGUGACCUUUAUCUUGAGCAUUGCGAUGCGUCGUAUGUUGACUUUAAAAAUUACUUGCUGCCGCUUUUUCCACUGAAAUAUCUCAAGACAGGAAGUCUCUUGAGGGGGUACAUUGCCGAUGUUGCUAAUCUUGGCACACAACCCAUCUCGUUUUCGCCAGACAGCAGCGAUCAGCGGUUCAAGUUCUCUGUCCAAAUUCAGAGAAAUGCCGACGAAGAGAUGGCAAGAGGAACAGAAAAAGCACGUGUUGAAUUGAAGCAUCAGAAAGAGUUUGAGUAUGCGAAGAAAUUCAUCAAGAUGAUUGGAGCGCAGUUUGUUGAGAAUGCGAGCGGGAGGUCAAAUGCGUUUGAGUUUUACAUCGACUUCUUGCCCGAAGAAGCGACAGAGGACAAGAAAGAAAACAGGCGAAUCACAAGAAGAUCAUCAUUCAAACCUUUCUCCAAGUUUGUCGACUUGACUUGGGUGUUUGAGAUGUUGAAGACACGACAAUUCAUCGCGCCAGAUACAUUCAGUAGUCGGAUGAACAUUGAUGAUGAUGAAAAGAGAAAUGUUCAAUACAAAAAAAAGAAUAAGAACAAACUAGAAAUACGACUGGGAAUAGUAAAUAUGGCUUUCUUCACGGUGACACCAAAAAGAACCCCAUCGUCAACACCACUAUUACCACAGUUUUUCGACGAGAACGAAUGGUAUUUGACACAGGAAAUUAAACCACUCAUCAAAAUCACGGAACCCGUUAUUAACGACUGUAUGAACUACUUGAUGCCAUCCACAAGCGCUGGGGAUAACAAAACGAAGACAUACAAAUUUCAACUUCCAGACGGAACAUUCCAAGGUGUUCUCCAACUUGAUGGGUGGUUCUGUAACAAUUCUGAAAUUCGAUUUUCAUUUCAACAAUGGCAAAAGACAGUGUUUGCCAAAGUCCGAGAGUCCCAAAUCCUUCAGAUGCAGGAGUUCUACAGAAAUUGUACGAAGAUCAUUAACGAAAUUGACCAACUGAAAAAGUACGACAGCAUUGGCAGCGAGUACGUGAAGACUAUAGAAAACUUGAUCAAGUCGUGUGCGACUGCUUUGGAGUUGUUAGACACAAAACCAAGUAAAGGCCUCUUCCCGGAAUAUGAGCCAUCUCUCUUAUUCCAAGACCACGUCCCAUCGAAUUGUAUCAUCGAAAUAUACAUCCAACACAGAGAGUUUGUCAUUCGAACAUUUGGACUUUCUAUUCAACCAUAUGAGAACCAGUCAGUCACCCCACGAACAUCAUUACAGAUGAGCAGACAAUCGUUCCAAAUUGCUUCAAGACCUCUUCAGAAGCUUCCAAGUCACUUGAAAAAGCCAUCAAUGGAGGAUUCGUUCUUCAACAGAUCGAUUAGCGCACAACCCGGCGAUGAAUCUGUCAGUCCGGGAAUCGAAUGGGGGUGCGGAGAUGGGAUGAUGGGUUACCCACAAGGCACCAAGCAAAUUUCUCUACCAAGUCGUUAUACAACGAUUCAGUAUAUCUUUAACGGAUACACAGCAACUGUGCAAGCGUCGCGAGAGGUACAUAUCACUGUGGAAGAGAUUGACAAAAUAUAUGAGAGUGUACAGAACAUCCAAAUUCAGUGGAUUCAUGUGCUUUAUAAUAUUAAACAACUCCUCACACUUUAA